AAGUGGCCGGACCCUAGGCGGAGGGACCGGAGGAGCGGAAGUCACUCCGUGAGGCAGUGGCUACGGCGGCAGCGAGAGGAUGAACAACAAGUUCGACGCAUUGAAAGAUGAUGACAGUGGGGACCAUGAUCAGAAUGAAGAAAACAGCACACAGAAAGAUGGUGAGAAGGAAAAAACGGAACGAGACAAGAGUCAGAGCAGCAGCAAAAGGAAGGCUGUUGUCCCUGGGCCAGCAGAGCACCCCCUGCAGUAUAACUACACUUUCUGGUAUUCCAGGAGAACCCCCGGCCGUCCCACCAGCUCACAGAGCUACGAACAGAAUAUCAAACAGAUUGGCACCUUUGCCUCUGUGGAGCAGUUCUGGAGGUUUUACAGCCACAUGGUACGUCCUGGGGACCUGACAGGCCACAGUGACUUCCAUCUCUUCAAAGAAGGAAUUAAACCCAUGUGGGAGGAUGAUGCAAAUAAAAAUGGUGGCAAGUGGAUUAUUCGGCUGCGGAAGGGCUUGGCAUCCCGUUGCUGGGAGAAUCUCAUCCUGGCCAUGUUGGGGGAACAAUUCAUGGUUGGGGAGGAGAUCUGUGGGGCUGUGGUCUCUGUCCGGUUUCAGGAGGACAUUAUUUCAAUAUGGAAUAAGACUGCCAGCGACCAAGCAACCACAGCCCGCAUCCGGGACACACUUCGGCGAGUGCUUAACCUACCUCCCAACACCAUUAUGGAAUACAAAACCCACACCGACAGCAUCAAGGCCUGGGAGGAGUUUCAUGGCCUGGUGAACAGCAGCGGCCGCUGAUCGGACGCUCCCCCUCUGUCUCUCACACUCAGGGGACAAUUCAAGCUUUCGAAAUACAAAAAUCACAUUGUGAAAGUACACAAGCUGGCAAUAAUCCUUUUCUGUAUGUGUGUGUUUGUCCGAAAUGGAUGGGAGGUCUUCGGCUGGUCCUUCCCUCUGCUCACUGAAGGGACGUCCCUGAGCUGUGUGCUCCCCUUUUGCACUCAUUCCUGGAGGACGGAUUCCGCUAGACACCCUCCAGCAUCGCUGACUUUAUAAAGCGGAAAAACGGAAAACGUGACUUUGUGAUAGACAAACUUUUUUUGUUUUAAAUGGGGUUCUGUGAGGGGAAUUCAGCCUUUCAUUUUGCUGCGUGCUGUCCAGAUGCCUCCCGGGCAUUCUGUCGUGCUCUCCUCUGCUGUACGAAGGGCGUCAUGACCACAUGUAUAUGCCAGAGCUGUCGACUGAGAGUGAUCAGUAUUAUGAAUGUCUGUGCAUCCAGAGUCCUGAAAUAGCAUAAAUGCUCUCUCUAGCUCUGCCAUUAAAUUACUGGGACUUUUUGUUUAUUUCAUGCCCCUCUUCCCGCAAGCCCCCACUUUCUGAAAAUGUGUUACUGAUUUUGUACAGUCUCCUGCCUUAUGCCCUCUAGUGUCCCUCCUGUGGGACUCUUUCCUUUUAGGCACUGCUGCACUUAGACUUUUAAUCCAGUGGGCCACACUGGUUUCACUGAGGCGGCUUAGAAGGUAUGACUUUAUAAAUUAAACCCCAGCAGAACCUAAUUUGGUUAGGAACUAGGUUAUAAUGGAGGUUCCAAGUGCAGGAUUUGGAGCUGAGGGCAGUUUCUGAAACCAUUUUUCCAGAUGAGGAGGGCCUGUGUGUCCAGCCCAUUUCUGUGGGUUCUUGCUUGCCCCUCAUUGAGGAAGGGAAGUAAAUGCUGGUUGUUGCCAGGUGUUGACACUUAAUAUGGUGAAUUCUGUGAUCCUGAAACUGGGACAUCUGAGGAAACGGUGGCCACGAUAGGUGGCUUUCUUUGCGUGGCUGUGCCUGUCUGCAGUGGUUGGAGGAACCCGCCUUCAGUCCUCAUCACCUGGUAUAAUACAUGUUAGCAAAUGUGUGCUGAUCCAGGAGGCCCAGACAGAAACCUUGCAGGCGACUGUAGGCAGGCUCUAACGGUGACUGGGCAUGCAUCAGACUCCAGAAGGACUGAAGUCAGAGAAGUCAAAGAGCACCUAGGGUUGAAAUGAGUACUGAGGACCAGUCCUCCAGCAGCCUCCAAGGAGCACUGUCUUACUUGGCUCUUGUGAGCAGAGAUCGCAGUACCUUAAAUUAAGGCCUCUCCUAAAACCUUCCUUACAGGCCAGGGGGCCUUGGCUACCUGGUCUCAGAGAAAUCGUAUGAGAGUAACAGGCAUUUCCUUAUUAUAUUUGUAUUACUCUCUUCUUGCUUUCCAGCUCCUGAACACCCUGUAAUUACCACUGUCUUGGGAUGUUUUUUCCUAGAAGAACAGGGGAGUAUAGGGGCCAAAAGGGAGGUGCUUCCAUUACAGGUGAAGUUAGAUCAGAUAAGUAGAUCUAGCCGGAAUUUCAACUCUAGGAAUGUGAGGAAUCAAUUCCAGUGCCCAGACAGUUGUGAAGAGCUCAGACAAAUAUAGGAGCAACAUUGGUUAAAAUGGGGAGCAAAGGCUGCCUCCUGAGUUUAGACCCCAGGGAGGUCUUCACUUUUGCCUAAACUCAGAUUUGCCAUGAAAAUUCCAAAGAGAGCAGACAUUUGGAUUUGCCCCCCUUUGGGCAUCUACCUGACUCUUAGUGUGUGCGUGUGGGUGUGUAUGUGUGUAUGUUCACGAGUGAGGGUUUUGUCAGGCCGAGUGCUUGGGUAUUGUCCGUAUUCAUGUUUUUGCUUUUCUGCCUCUUUUAUUUGUCUUAUUUGUUCAGACUUUUUAAACUUGUGUUUCCUAGAGCUGCUCAUGUUUUCCCCUUUCCUCUUUGUCUUUGCAGUAUUUGAAAGUUGUUUUUUCCCAUCAAAAAUAUGCUGGUUAGAACAAGAGUUAUUCCUGCUAGGCAGCGUCUUACCCCCAGAGCUCUCCAGAGAUUCUGCCUAACAGCUUUAAAUGAGAGAGUGAAGAGUCAGUUUCUCCAAACCACCCAUUUUCCACACUAGCUUGAGAGGUCGUUUCAGUUUUGUUUUGACUCCAUGGGCCUCCGCCACACUGAGAUAGGACACAGUUAUGCUUAUGGCAUCACCAGUGCUAGCGACAAAGGGGAGAAGGUGCACCAGGGCCAGUCUAGCAGAUGCGGGAGGCUGCUGCUGGGGGAUGGGGAGUCACUGUCCACUGUGCCAGGCGGGCUGUUCCCAGGACCCCUCAGAAGCUGGCCCUACUCCCUCCAGUGCUCGUCUCAUCUGUUCAUGUGUAUGUGCGUUUUCCCUGUGACAUUAGCAGUGACAAUACUUUUCCACCCAGAGAGAAGCUUGUGGUCCACGAUGCUCCAAGAAUGAAUUUGCAAGUAUUUGCCAGUGGAGGAGCAGAGGCUGUGACAAGAGUAAUUUAGUGUUGCACUUUCAGAGCAAUUGUCUACUGCAGUAAUAAAUGAAAAAUAACAGCAAGAA